AUGAAUCAUAAUGCUUUGAGAAGUGGUGACUUAGCUGGAUGUGCGAAGUAUUUGGAUAGUGUAGGCGGUGGUGCUGAUGUGGCUCCGCUCUGGAGACAGUUGGCUGAUCGUGCUCUAAAAAAUGAUGACAUUCAACUUACUGCAAAAUGUUAUCGUGAAGUGGGCGAUGAAGCACGAACAUUCUACUUGGAUCAGACCGUGGAAUUGGCUGUUUCGGCAGGUGACGGAGAUAUAAUGGCAGGUCUAAAUAGCCCUUUAGUCCGUGCUCGUCUGGCCAUUUUCUCUGGCGAUCUAGCUUCGGCUGAAGAAUGGUAUACUAAGAAAGCAGGUCAACCUGCGCUAGCAAUUGAUAUGUACAAGCGAUUCAACAAGUGGAGUGAGGCUGUCGCUCUAGCCGAGAGGACUGAUCGUAGUUCUGUGUCGAUGCUGAAGCAACAGCACAUGGAUUAUCUUACAUCCACUGGACGAUUGGGUGAAGCGGGGGCAGCGUUAGCGGCUUCAGGGGAUGUUCAGGGCGCUGUACGUUUGUGGUUGAAGGGAGGGCGCGCAAGGAGAGCGGCUGCGUUAUUACUACAGCACUCGUCAUUGUUGCGCGACAAUGAAUUAGUAGAUGCUGUUCACACUCAGCUCGUACAGGAAGAAUGGUGGGAGAUGGCUGGCGAAAUAUCGGAGAGAAGAGGUGACAGUAGAACAGCAGUUGAAUAUUAUGCCAAGGGACAUAACUUCGCAAGGGCCGUGCAACUUGCCAGAGAGGUAAUAGAUGAUAAGGAGUCGAUAAAGGAGCAGUGUGAGCAGUUGGGUGAUCAUUUUAUUUCUACGCAAGAAUGGGAAACUGCAGAACGCGUGCUUAGUUCUUGCGAUAUGGCAGAACGUUGCGUACGCGCAUAUAACGCCGCCGGGCGCGUAGCCGACGGUCUAAGAAUGGCGGCCACGCAUCUCACUGAAGACCACACUAGGGAGAUAUACAUGCCGCUCGCACAACAACUCCGGGAUGAAGGACAAUUUAGGAAAGCCGAACAGAUAUACAUCGGCUUAGGGGAGGUUGCGCUUCAAUGGGCCGGCGCAUUGGGUGGUGCACCGGCUGCUAGACUUUUGGCUGCUAGAGGCUUAGCAGCUUUAGGGGCGAGAUGGGCUCUGCAAGCUCAGAGAUGGGAUAUUGCUCUAGAGUUGAGCGAGUUAGGUGGUGGUAUUACUAAAAGGGAAGUAGCUAGACAUGAAGCCGCCGCGCUUGCUGAAGAGAGUCCAGAAGAAGCUGAAGGAGCGUUCUUGAGAGCUUCGGCACCUGAGGAUGCAGUACGAAUGUGGCUAACGAGAGGCCAACAUCAGCGAGCACUAGCUUUAGCAGAACAACAUGCGACACAUAUGGUGGAAGAAGUCCUCGUAGAGGGUGCUCGUGCUGCAGCCGAGAGAGGUGAUCUGGCGCAGUUUGAGACGUUAAUGAUUCGCGCAAACCGGCCCAGAGAAGUAGUGCAGCACUAUAAGGAACUUGAUAAUACAUUGUGCGGAAGUGACAUCAAAAAGGAAUUCACAGAAUUGUGGGAGGAAGCAUCUCGUGUAUCUCGUGAGUAUUUACCGGAGGGUGGUGAGCCGGUGCCGCCCACUGUACCUCCGCUACUGCAACAAGCAGCUGAACAUGCAGAUAGAGGUGAAUGGUGGGAGGCAGUAGAAUUGUUGAUAGGUGCGAGUGCAGCAGGCGCUAAUGGUGGAGCCACUAAGUUAGCGGAACGCGCGGCUUUACGAGCCGCCCGUCUCGCUCGAGAUCAUUUGCAUGAUAACGAUAUCGGGGAACAACUGAGAGCGGCUUUAGUAGAAGGUUAUAAUGGAGAUGAAGAGGUCCAAGGCACAUCAACAGAAUAUGAGGAGGAAGAGCCCGCUAUAGUGUCGCAACCACGAGAAACUCCUCAAGAUGGAGAGUUUGAGGCGUUAGAGCGUUUGGCCCGCGCUGGCCACUGGCAACGCUGCCUCGCACACGCCGGCGCUAGGGCUCCACAUUACGCACUCAGAUAUGCCGUACAUCUAUUUAAAGCUCAUCCUCGCAUGGAAGGGCUAGACAUAGACAGUGAAGAUAUACCAGAAGCGCUAGCGCAGGUGCUAGAUACGUUACGUCAGUAUCUAGUCAACGGUGAAAGUGGCGACUCGACUGUCGCUAGUACUGACGUUGGACUAGCGAGAGCGGUCUGUAGCGAGCUAUUAGUUCGGGUAUCUACUGUGCCCAAAGCGCUUCAAGCACUGAAGGACGCUGCAGCUGUAAUGCACGUGGCGGGAGCCGAUGAUAGAGCCAUGCAGACAAUUACACUGCUGAUGGCACUGCAUGUACCGCAAAUAACAGGGCGUGCCGCUCGCGCUCUACCACGAUAUACGGACAUUAUCGUAGCUGACGUCACGUAUUAUUCAUGUGGUGUGGCGAUACGGUCGGAGGGCGCGGCGGGCGCACGCGAAGCAUUCGUACUUCUUAAUCGCUGCCUCGACCUCGCCGAGGCGGCAGACGAUGAUGCCUCGCAUCUCCUAGACUAUACUGAUUUUGAGUGUACGGACUGGUCGCGUACGCCACUUUUAUUGGAAAGUUCUUGUGUCCGCGGUGCGCCGUUAGAAGAUAUACGCGAGUGGGUGUUAGCCGUCUCUAUGGACCAAGCUGUUGAACAGACGCUACCGGAAGACAGUAGAAGCAUGUACGCUUCAUCGGUCGGAGCAGGAGAGCCGUGCUGCGUGCUGACAGGAUAUCCACUCGGUUCUCGAUUAGUUACUUUCACUAAUGGCCGCUGCGCUAAUCGUGAGUCAUGGUCUCGAGUAGCGAGCGCUGCGAGAGCUGGUGGUAACGCUGCAGCACUAUUACAACAUAUAGACCGUUGGUGUGGGCCCGCUGACUACACUCACGUGUGA